AUGGACUCGGCAGCGGCUGGCAGGAACUCCUCCGGACCCGCUGGCCCCAACGGCACGGUGAGCGGCGGCGGGGGUGGCGGCGGGGGCGGCGGGGGCGGCGUGUCGCCGGGCAGCGGCAGCGCCAUCCUCAUCUCCUUCAUCUACUCCGUGGUGUGCCUGGUGGGUCUGUGCGGUAACUCCAUGGUCAUCUACGUGAUCCUGCGCUACGCGAAGAUGAAGACCGCCACCAAUAUCUACAUCCUCAACCUGGCCAUUGCGGACGAGCUGCUGAUGCUGAGCGUGCCUUUCCUGGUUACCUCCACGCUGCUCCACCACUGGCCCUUCGGGUCGCUGCUCUGCCGCCUGGUGCUCAGCGUGGACGCGGUCAACAUGUUCACCAGCAUCUAUUGCCUGACCGUGCUCAGCGUGGACCGCUACAUCGCGGUGGUGCACCCCAUCAAGGCGUCGCGCUACCGCCGGCCCACGGUGGCCAAGAUGGUUAACCUGGCCGUCUGGGGGCUGGCCCUCGUCAUCAUUCUGCCCAUCCUCAUCUUCUCCCGGACCGAGGCCAACACGGACGGCACGGUGGCCUGCAACAUGAUGAUGCCCGAACCUAAGCAGAAGUGGCUGGUGGUCUUCGUGGUCUACACUUUCCUCAUGGGCUUCCUCUUCCCUGUGGUGGCCAUCAGCCUCUGCUACAUCCUCAUCAUUGCCAAGAUGCGCGUGGUGGCGCUCAAGGCCGGCUGGCAACAGCGCAAGCGCUCCGAGCGGAAGAUCACGCUCAUGGUCCUCAUGGUGGUCACCGUCUUCGUCAUCUGCUGGAUGCCUUUCUACGUCGUGCAGUUGGUCAACCUCUUCGUCGAGCCCGACGACGCCACCAUCAGCCAACUUUCCGUAAUCCUGGGCUACGCCAACAGUUGCGCCAACCCCAUCCUCUACGGCUUCCUCUCGGACAACUUCAAGCGCUCCUUCCAGAGGCUCCUGUGCCUUAGCUGGAUGGACAACGCCGCCGAGGAGCCUGUCGACUACUACGCCACCGCCCUCAAGAGCAGGGCCUACAGCGUGGAGGACUUUCCCGCCGACAACUUCGGAGAGUCGGGCAGCGUGUACCGCAACGGGACUUGCACCUCCAGGAUUACAACCCUCUGAGGGCAGCUUUCUCACUCUCCCGGGCCGGGCCGAGCGGAGUGGAAGGGGGCCUGGGGAGGGAGAACGGGCCAAGAGAAAGACGGGGAGGGGGGCAAGGAGAGGCGGAGAGAGCGGCCCGAGGGACAACGGCUCCCCGCGCUGGCCAUCUUCACUUUUUAAGCUGGCCCACUCAGCUGGACGCUCCUUCUUCCUUCCUUGUCAAGGGAUGAGAUCUUGGGCAGCCUGAUCGGCUCUCCAGCCCCCUCCGCUUACCUACCCCCCCGGAGCCUCGAGUUUCUCUAGCGUUUUCUUUGAGGUCCGGGCCCCGCGAGUGUGCUUUUCUUCAUCGGCGAGGGCAUCUGGGCUUGGCAACAAGUUGAGGACCACUAUAUCGGCCGCGAUCUCCAAGUCCCGCGUGAAAGAUUGCUGAGCGCUGCUGGAGGGGUGGGGUUUUUUUGCCCCUGGCUUCCAAACAGAAACCAAACCAAAUCAGGACGCAGGUUGCCUUUAUCUGUUUUUUCAGCAGCAUAAAGAGAUGCCGAGGGAUGGACUCAAAACAGACCCCUCUAAAGCUGUGGGUAUUCCUGAUGGUAGCGGUGUGUAAGUGUGUUGUUUCAGAAGUUGGGACUGGGACCCGCUCUCGAUAAGCUCACACGGUGUACUCAGUGGUUCGCCUGAGCCAACCAGCAGUUUUGAAAACGUACAAGCUUAGCUUUACAACGAACCUUGUUUCUAAAUCAUUCCACAGUUCAUCUUUGGGGUGGGGGGGAGAGGGAGAAGAGAACAAUCCCAGAUUCGCCAGAAGGUUGGCAAAAAAUCCUUCUCACCCUUUCCAAGAACUUCUCCAGCAGGAAGCAAAUGAUCCUGAGGCAGUACAAAAUAUUAGAUCUGCUUGGCAGCCCCACGAGAAAGCUAACUAUUCCAUCAGCUUAAUAGAAACGAAUAAUCUAUCUUUUCCCUCUGGGUCCCUGCUGCGGGACCAAUUUCUAUUCGCUGGCUUUGAGCAAGCCUGGGGGAAACGGCGAUCCAUCUGGAAAGGGAAAGGAAACCAGUCCAGUAGAGAGCAAGCAGGGUUUUGUUAUCUCAAAGCAGCAGCUGGCUGUUGAUAAGGAAGAAAGCCCCAGCCAGCCACUCUUUCCCAGAUGAUUGUCAAGAUCUGAGUCCUGAACUCCCAGCAAGUGUUUGGUUUGGCGUUUUGAAUCAAGGGGAGGGGAGAACAGCAAAGUUACAGUGCUGGGCUAGUAUUUGUUAGAAACUACAAAGAGAGAGAAAUAAGGGACUAUAAGGAGAAAAGAGCAGUUUGUGAAUGGGAGGCUGAGGGUUUUUUGGUGUUUUUUUAAAAAGCCUUCUUUGAGACAUCAAGAUUACUUCAGCUGCAAUUCUCAAAGUACUCACCAAUGGUUACCUCAGAAAAAAUAUAUCUGGCUUUAGGCGAAUAAUUAUUAAAUGGCAUGAAAAGUUCAAUCAAAAGUACCCUUCUAACUGUUCAAAAGCAGUUCAAACUAAAAGAAACAAUGUAGUCAAAUUCAAGAUUAUUUAUUGAUUUACUUACUUACACAACUUUUACACGUCAGAUUAUCAGUAAUAUGUCUUGCUAGAUCUGGCCCAACAUCAUUUAAACCAGCCCUUAUCUCUUAAAUUUCAAAAUCAACCAAGGAAAAGUCAUAGGAGAUGCAAAGCAUUGAUUUAAUAUAUGUUUCACUCUUUUAAUUGGACCUCCAAUUCAAUAACCAGGAGGUCUUCAACCUUUGUUCUCUUCUAGAAAGCAUAAAUCUUAUGGGGGACCUCAAGGGCUUCCCAUUGUAAUCAUAAUAUACAGUGUUGACAGUGGAGUUGUAGACUGGUUUGCUUUGAGUCAUAUUCUUUGUUAGGGUUUUUAUUUAUUAUUUGACUGUAAUAAAGAUUCAAUUUGAUACAAGUCAUAUUCAGUCCCUUUAGAAUUAGAAUGCAUAUUUCCCAUAACUGAUGGAGAAUAAUAAAAAAAAGAGUUCAAGAACAAAGAAGCGGCUAAAUGAUUAGUUUAGGACAAAUGGCCUCAUCUGACCAAAUAUUUUCUCUAUAAAACAGCCAGGAACAGCUCCUACAAAAGAAAUAAAUAAAAACAAGGUGCUGGAGUGGGGCUUGGGGAAAAUCCAGAUGAUCCUUUUUUUCCCACUUCUACCCAGAUGAAAUGUAUUCUUCACUUAAUUUAUAAAACAGUAAUACGCUUGUUUUAAUUACUUUGCUGUGUGUUACAUUUCUUGGGAGCCAAUUUUCAAAUGUAAAAUAAAUAAUUUUUCUUUUUAUAUUUCUAAUUCUAUGUAGUUUCUAUGUUGUGGAGACAAUUCUCUAUAAAACAGUCCUUAAAAAUAGAUUUUGGGAGUAUACACAUUAUAUCUGUUUAAAGCACUUUCUUUGGUCAGAGGAUGUCUGUAGUUUGGGAAGGAAGUCCUUUUGUUCUUGUAGUUUGUCUCCUGUCCUAUACUGUUAUUGUAUGUUUUGGAAAAGUGUUUUUUAUAAAGAAUAAUGAUGGUUAAUAUACAAUUCUUAAUAUCCUUUGCUUUAGAUUUAUCACAAGUAGUUUGAUUAAAAAAUUAAUGCCCAAAUAAAAAACAGGUGUGAAGUGGAAGUCCUAAUAUUCCCAAUCUUUUCUAUUUAAUUAACAGAAGGACCAUUAAAAGGAUCUCAGAUAAGAAUUGAGAUAAAAAUAGAUACAUAUUUGCUUGAAAAUAUGC